UGAACUUCAGUCAAUCCCACUAAACAACCUCUCAUUUUCUUAUUUCCGUCAUAAAUGCAGACUUUAGAUCAUAUUUAUACUAUAUGUUGCGCAAUGCUCUCAGUGCUUAAACCCGACUGGUCUGCGCAGGCGUGAGAAGGCUGCUAUAAAAGACUAGCAUGCAGAGGAAUGACUGACAGUGGCACUGUGUGAGAACUGGACCAGCUGUCUGAGCAUUACUACUACAAUUCAACUCUGAAUUUAACGCUAAAUCAUGUCGAAACCGGGGAAGAGGCAGUUCAUCAGCGGGGUAGUGGAAGGUUUUUAUGGGCGGCCAUGGACUAUGGAGCAGAGAACAGAUCUGUUUAAAAGGGAACAGAAGUGGGGUUUGAACACAUACCUGUACGCCCCCAAGGAUGACUACAAACACAGGAUGUACUGGAGAGACUUGUACACUGCUGAGGAGGCAGAACAAGUCAUCGCCCUGAUAUCUGCAGCCAAAAAGCACAAUGUCGAGUUCAUCUAUGCAAUCUCUCCCGGUCUGGACGUUACUUUCUCUAACCCCAAAGAAGUCGCUGCCCUGAAGAGGAAACUGGAUCAGGUCAAAGGGUUUGGCUGCAGCUCCUUCUCUUUACUGUUUGAUGAUAUCGAGACUGAGAUGUGUCCAGCUGAUAAAAAAGCCUUCAGCUCCUUCGCCCACGCUCAGGUGGCCAUUACUAAUGAGGUGUACCAGCAUCUGGGAGAACCUGAGACCUUCCUUUUCUGUCCUACAGACUACUGUGCUUCAUUCUGCACUCCCAAUGUGUCCCAGUCCUCUUACCUGCACACUGUGGGAGACAAGCUGCUGCCUGGCAUUGACAUACUAUGGACUGGUCCAAAAGUGGUAUCCCACAAAAUCUCAGUUGAGUCCAUAGACGAGGUGUCGUCUGUACUGAAGAGGGCGCCAGUCAUCUGGGACAAUAUCCAUGCCAAUGACUAUGAUCCACAAAGGAUUUACCUUGGACCCUUUAAGGAUCGUCCCACUGAACUGAUCCCCAAACUGAGAGGAGUGCUGACCAAUCCUAACUGUGAGUUCUACCCAAACUUCGUGGCAGUCCACACUUUGGCUACAUGGUGCAAGGCCUCUGCUGAUGGGGGACAGAGGGAUGUGGAAAUGGGCGAUGAGGGGCAGGACCCCCGCUAUAGCCCAGAGAAAGCCCUUCACCUGGCCCUCACUGACUGGCUGCAGGAGUUUAUGAGCACAGAUCAACCUGGAGCUCGCUCCAAGAAGGAGUCGUCAGAUGAGAGCUCCUACAUUCCUGGACCUGGAGAUAACCCGCUGUACACAGCCGAGCCUCUGAGCCUGGACGACCUGAAGCUACUGUCAGACCUCUUCUACCUGCCGUACGAAUACGGGCGCACGGCAAGGAUCAUGCUGCAGGAGCUGGACUGGCUUAUAAAAAACCGUGCCGCUGCCACUGCUGAAACAAAGACAGCAGAGUGGUGUUCAAGAGCGCAGCAGUUUGACGGAAUGUGUGAAGCGGUCGUGCAGAUGUUCAACCGCCUGUCCAACGCCCCGAACCGCAGAAUUCUUUACGACCUCUACGACUACAUCUGUGACAUCAAGAGUGGUGUCGGCCUGACUCGAGCCUACGUGAAAUCUCUUGGAGGUGGUGACACACCCUCAGCCCAGCUGAUGACUGACGAUCCUGAACCCUGGGGCUUCAGAGGGGGUCUCUCUGGAGAGCUUCAGAGAAUGCUGCCUGGCCACGGGAACAGGGACCUGUUCAAGCAUCCUCCCAUGACAGCAGUGUACUGUGUACGUCCAUACUACCCUGAAGACAAGGCGGAAGUGCAGAGGAUCUUCAGUGAGAUGCAAAUAGAGGGCAAAGUCUCCUCGUCACAGCAUCCCCUUAUUGGUGAUGGCCUGUCAACAGGUGAAAUCCCUCCUUCCCCUCAGUGUGGGUUCAUCCUGGAAGAUGAGAUGGGAGUGUGUGGCUACACCUUGGCACUCACCAAUGCCAAAGCAGCUGCAGCCAAGAUUCAGAGGGAGAUAAGUGACUCAGUAUUCGGGGACUUCCCCUCUCUGGUCACCACCCAAGUGUUGCCCCGGGUCACUGAUCCUUCUCCAGCCAGGCGUAUGAUUGAUCAGCUGUUGUCCUCCAUCAGAAGAAGUGGCUCUACAGGGGUGUUCUGCGAGUUGAGGGAGAGCGAUCGGAGAAUGAUCGACUUCUACACUAAGUUGGGCUCUUUCAAACCCGUUAAAAUGGCCGGUCUACCUCAAGGCAUCCUCGCCAUGGGAACAAGCCUGUAAACAGGAGGCCUCACAGGGAUUUUCCUCAGGUUUCAAGUGUUGAGAGAUAAAACUGUUGUGUGAGUAAUUGCUAACUUUGCAGCUUGUUAAACUCAUCCAAGCCAUCGGUCUUGUCAUUCUUAUCAGUUAAUAUCAUAUGUGUGUAAUUUAGUGGCAACCAUGGACCUACGAAGUUCACAACAGUCGUUAAUAUGCAUAAUGAAAUUUGUUUACUGUGUAAAAUGAAAAGUAAUGGAAUACAGCUGACUUUAUACACAUCAGAAAUGUCAAAUCUAUAGUGAUGAUUUUUUUAAUUUGUUGUUUUAACCCAGGGCAAUAAAAAUAUUGAUAUUAUG